AUUAAAAAUUUACGGAUACAAACAAGAUUGCAAAUAUCUAAAGGUUUGUACUUGAAUUUGUUUAUUUUCUCUUUGGAUCUCUGCUUUCAAGUCAGAAACUUUGAGAACUCUGUUUUGAAUUCACUUACCAAAAGCUAUGGCGUCUACUUCAACGUCGUCUUUAAUGGCUUCUAGAACUGUAAUCUCCAGAACAGCUCUGUUUUUCUCCUCACCGGGGAUAGUCAAUAGGAGUUUCUUAUCAUUCACGCCAGCUUCUCCUUCCGUUAAGCCGCUUAGGACAAGAUCUUCAAAUGCCACGAAGUUGGAUGAGGUAACCAGCAGUCUAGACGAAGAUAUGGACCAGAUUCGACGGUUGCAAAACGGUUCUGAUGUGAGAGGAGUCGCAUUGGAAGGAGAGAAAGGCAGAACGGUUGACCUAACCCCUGCAGCCGUAGAAGCAAUAGCAGAGAGCUUUGGAGAAUGGGUUGCGGCAAAUGAGGGUAACGGUAACGGUGUCAUUAAGGUUUCUCUAGGACGGGAUCCACGUGUUUCCGGUGGAAAGUUAAGUACAGCCAUUUUCGCCGGGUUAGGUCGUGCAGGGUGUUUAGCUUUUGACAUGGGUUUAGCCACUACUCCAGCUUGCUUCAUGAGCACGUUACUGUCUCCAUUCGAAUACGACGCUUCAAUUAUGAUGACGGCUUCUCAUUUACCAUAUACAAGAAAUGGACUCAAGUUCUUUACCAAGAGAGGAGGCUUAACGUCUCCUGAAGUGGAGAAGAUAUGCGAUUUAGCUGCGCGAAAGUACGCUACUAGGCAGACUAAAGUCUCUACACUGAUCAGAACUCGACCGAAGCAAGUUGAUUUCAUGAGUGCUUACUCUAAGCAUCUUCGAGAAAUCAUUAAAGAGAGAAUCAAUCACCCUGAACACUACGACACUCCUCUCAAAGGAUUUCAGAUAGUUGUGAAUGCGGGUAAUGGGUCAGGAGGGUUCUUCACUUGGGACGUUCUAGACAAGUUAGGAGCAGAUACAUUUGGUUCGCUCUAUCUAAAUCCGGACGGGAUGUUCCCAAAUCACAUUCCUAAUCCGGAAAACAAAGUCGCAAUGUCACACACCCGAGCCGCGGUUCUUGAGAACUCAGCGGAUCUCGGGGUUGUGUUUGACACGGAUGUUGAUAGGAGUGGAGUGGUGGAUAACAAAGGGAAUCCUAUAAAUGGAGACAAACUCAUUGCGCUUAUGUCAUCUAUUGUGCUUAAAGAACAUCCAGGAAGUACAGUAGUAACAGACGCAAGAACGAGUAUGGGGCUAACUAAGUUUAUAACUGAGCGAGGAGGGAGGCACUGUUUGUACAGAGUAGGGUAUAGAAACGUGAUUGACAAGGGAGUAGAGCUGAACAGAGAUGGCAUUGAGACUCAUCUCAUGAUGGAAACUUCAGGACAUGGUGCUGUUAAGGAGAAUCACUUCUUGGACGAUGGUGCAUACAUGGUGGUAAAGAUCAUUAUUGAAAUGGUGAGAAUGAGACUUGCGGGAUCGAAUGAAGGUAUCGGUAGUCUAAUCGAAGAUCUUGAAGAGCCGUUAGAAGCAGCUGAGUUGCGGUUAAAUAUAUUGUCAGAGCCAAGAGAUGCCAAGGCAAAAGGCAUUGAAGCCAUUGAGACUUUUAGGCAAUACAUCGAGGAAGGAAAACUUAAAGGGUGGGAACUGGACUCGUGUGGGGAUUGUUGGGUGAGUGAAGGUUGCUUGGUGGACUCAAAUGACCAUCCAUCUGCAAUUGAUGCUCACAUGUAUAGGGCAAGAGUUAGUGAUGAAGAUAAUGGGGAAGAAUAUGGUUGGGUGCAUAUGAGGCAGAGUAUUCAUAACCCAAACAUUGCUGUUAAUAUGCAAUCAAUGCUUCCUGGUGGAUGUCUCUCCAUGACAAGAGUCUUCAGAGACCAGUUUCUUGAAGCUAGUGGGAUGGCUAGAUUCUUAGAUGUAAGUGACUUCGACGAUUACAUCGGACGUCAAUCUUGAAGGCCAUUUAGUUAAAAUGCAAUAUUUGUAACUAAACCACUACGUAUUGUUUCUUAAAAUUAAAUGCGAACUAUGUAAAUAAAACUUAUAACAUUUGUUGUACAACUGCACUGAAAGCAGAACGACGUGGUAACGUUUGCGAACGAUCA